AUGGGCUUGGCUAGGAAUCCCACAACGAGAAGUGGGGAAUUUUUGGAAGGAAUGUUGAAUGAUUAUGUGGGGGGAAAGCAGCAGGCUAAAUUGAGAGUACAAAAGAGUACUGCCUCAGCUAGGCUUGUAACUGUUCUCACUUGUUUACAAUUUGCCUUUGCAGUUUACGCAACAUUUCUUCUGUAUUACAUGAGUCCAACCAUAGACUUAGGAGCACCAAAACCAGAUUUUUCGUGGGCUACAAAAAUAGCACAUCAAUGGAAACAGUACAUAAUUCAACCGCAACCACUUGUUGUUAGCCAUUACCAGCAAGAAGCCAAUUCCCUAAUCAGAGCCGACUUACUCCCACCGGUUAGUCCAACCGAAGUUUGUGAGCACGAAAAAAUCGAUUUUGUACAGAAAAAAUCUAAUGAUGCGAUCAUGAUCAAGUUCAAAAGAGAACUUUAUCAAGAAGUGCUAGAUUUCCAGAGCAAAUCGUUCGGCACCGAAACUCUCCCUCAGCUAAUGAAAAUGAAAUCGAAGUGGGAUUUGCGCGGUCCAAACAAGCCAAAAGUUACUGUGAUAUUAAACCAUUUCAAGAGGAAAACGCUCUGCGCGCAGCUGGAUUCUUUGCUUCAACAGACUCUUCCUUUCCAUCAUGUUUGGGUGCUUUCAUUCGGGAGCCCGAAUGAGCUCUCCCUGAGAAGGAUUGUGGAGAGUUAUAAUAAUUCCAGAAUAAGCUUCAUCAGCUCAAGCUAUGAUUUCAAGUAUUAUGGUAGAUUCCAGAUGGCCUUGCAAACUGAGGCCGAUCUUGUAUAUAUUCUUGAUGAUGACAUGAUUCCAGGCAGGAAAAUGUUGCAAAUUUUGUCACACGUGGCGGGGACUGAAAAGUACAAGAAUUCGGUUUUGGGAAGCAUCGGAAGGAUUUUGCCUUUUAGGCAGAAGGAUUUUACAUUCCCUAGCUACAGAAAGUUUCGGUCCAAGGAGGCAGGGCUUUAUUUGCCUGACCCUGCCUAUGAUAUCACUGUUGACAAGAUUGUUCAGGUUGAUUUUCUUUCCAGUUCUUGGUUUCUAUCUGCAGAACUUGUCAAAACGCUCUUCAUUGAGACCCCCUUCACUUUCAUGACUGGAGAAGAUUUGCACUUGAGUUAUCAGCUUCAAAAGUACAGAAAUGCGGGCUCAUUUGUGCUGCCGGUUGAUCCCAGGGAUAAAGAAACAUGGGGUGAUAGUGAACACAGGCUUGCUUAUGUCUCAGAAACCACUGUUAUUUUCAAGGACAUUGUUCGAGUGCGAGAUGAUCAAUGGUGGAAAGCCCUUUCCACUGGCUACGUGACACAAUGGGCCGCAAUGUAUCCUCAGAAAAUAGAUGCAAUGUUCUAUGCUCAUUCAAUUCAAGAAGUUAAAACACUUGCCCCUCUUCUUGAAAAGUUCAGGUCCACUUUUGGCAAAAAAGCCUAUAUUGCUGUUUCAGGAGGCAACUUCUGCCCUUGUGAAGAUGCUGCUACCGCAUUGGGCUGGCCUAAGGCUGUGUGUAAAGAGAGGAGAUUCAAGAUUUUUGACCUGGGAAUUGGUUCUUUAUCAGGGAUAUCUAAUUCGGAGGUGCCAAUUGUGCAAGCAGUUUAUGCUAGCAUGAAAGGAUUGGUCAAAAUUCAUAACCCAAGUGUGGUGAUUACAGUGGAUGAUGUUGAUUCGAGUGUGAGGAAGGCUCUGAAAAUGGCUGUUGAGACUAAUCAAAAUGGUUCCACAUUGGUUCUUCUGCCCAAAUCUUCUGUGCCUAAAGUUCUGUGGAUGGCUGAUCUUCGAUCCACUGCACUACCAAAUUGGAACAAGAUGAGGAUCUCAGUGAACAUAAUUACCCAAAACCGAGCAAAAUCACUGGCAAGACUUCUCAAAUCUCUCAGCGACGCCUACUAUCUAGGUGACGAAGUUCCCAUCACCUUCAACAUGGACAGCAAAGUAGACGAAUCAACUCUAAAGCUAGUAAACUCUUUCAAUUGGCCACACGGCCCCAAAAUCUUUCGCAGAAGAAUCAUCCAAGGAGGCCUAAUUCGCGCCGUCAGCGAAAGUUGGUAUCCUGCCUCAGAUGAUGAUUAUGGCCUCCUACUGGAAGAUGAUAUAGAAGUCUCCCCAUACUACUUUCUCUGGAUCAAAUAUGCUCUCUUGGCUUAUCAUUAUGACCCUCAAAUUUCCCUCCCUGAGCUCUCAUCAAUCUCUCUUUACACUCCAAGAUUAGUGGAAGUCGUGAAAGAAAGGCCCAAAUGGAAUGCAAGUGAGUUCUUCAAGCACAUUCAUCCAUACACGCCUUAUCUUCAUCAGUUGCCUUGCUCUUGGGGUGCCGUUUUCUUCCCCAAGCAUUGGCGUGAAUUUUAUGUCUACAUGAACAUGAGAUUCACUGGGGAUGCUAAGCAAAACCCUGUUCAGAUUCCCAAGUCUAGAACAAAUGGUUGGCAAGCUUCUUGGAAGAAAUUCUUGAUUGACAUGAUGUAUCUGCGGGGCUACGUGAGUCUUUAUCCGAAUUUUCCCAAUCAGGCGAGCUUUUCGACGAAUCAUAUGGAACCAGGGGCGCAUAUAAGUGCAAAAGAUAACGUGGUUCGUCAUGAUAAAACUGAUUUUGAGGUGCCAUUGUUGAAGGAAGAUUUCAGGAAUUUUCUUCCUAAUGGGAAAUUGCCUCCAGCUUCAAAGUUGCCUUCCAUUAAUCUAUUCAAUCAGGCAGUUUCUCUCAAGGGUUUGAAGGCAGCAGGAGCUAAGCUGAGGCAAGAUGUGCUUAGCUGCAAUCCAACAGAAGUAGUAGCUGUCAACCAUGAGACAGGGCUACCUUCACAUUGUGCAAGAUUCUAA